UUUCGAAGGAGACAAAGAGCGGUUUUAGUGCUUCACCCUUGGACCAUGGCUUCUUGAAUAGACUUUAGUUCAGUAUUGUUUAUUGAAAUCCAAGGAAAGUGUGGAAAAAUCAGCUGCUGCUGAUACCAACAUUGCACCUCACCCCACCUCUCGUCAAUCCCUACUUUUGAUUAUUGGGUUUCGAGGUUAGAGAUUUGUCGGGUGUGCUUUCUUUGCAAUAUAGUUCUUGUGAGUUGUACCUCCUUUCUUUUCUGGCGUCGUUUUCCUGUAUAGAAGGAUCCCAAACCCACAGACAGAAACAUUACAAACCUAUGUUGACUGAGUCUCAUUGAUGGUAUGUGGAGGUUUGAAUAAUUUUUCUAGUCAUUUUUGGGUACCCUUUAUGAAGAGGGAGCUGGGUCUGCUUCUUUAUUGAAUUUCAUUAAGGAUAGUUGGAGAUUUGGGGUUUUCCGGGUACACUUUGUGAAGAGGGGGUUUGGUUUGCCUCUUGGUUUUGCUUUUAGUCCUUCUAGUAUUGGGAUCUGGGUGUGUUAGAGAUUGGCAGUUUAGGGUGAUAUAUUCUUUGAUUGUUGGAUAUCGUUGAAGUAUAGCUCAAAGGGUAUCUGGGAUUUUUCUCUUUUCUGGAGUUUUGGCUGUUUUUUUAGUUUUCAGGUCUUGUACAAUAUAUGGAAAAAAUGGUAGCAGGAAAUGGGCUGUUAUUUCCAAUUCUUGGAUUUGCAUCUUGUGUCCUUUUCAUUUACAUGUCUUUUGGUGGCCUGAGGCUUAAUAGUUAUCCUAAAGGGCCAGAGUUAGAUUUUGUGAAAAGGAAUGGAACUCAGUUCAUUUUGGAUGGGAAAGUAUUCUAUGUUAAUGGAUGGAACUCAUAUUGGUUUAUGGUUCAGUCUGCGGAGGACUAUAGCAGACCUAGGGUCGGUGCAAUGUUGCAAGCUGGUGUGAAGAUGGGUCUUACUGUUUGUAGGACCUGGGCCUUUAAUGAUGGAGGCUAUAACGCUCUGCAGAUUUCCCCUGGUCAAUUUGACGAGCGAGUUUUCAAGGCCUUAGAUUACGUGAUUGCAGAAGCAAGGCAACAUGGAAUUAGGCUUCUUCUUUGCUUGGUAAAUAACUUGCAAGCAUAUGGCGGGAAGACUCAGUAUGUCAAGUGGGCUUGGGAAGAAGGCAUUGGUUUGAGCUCCUCCAAUGAUUCCUUCUACUUUGAUCCAUCAAUUCGCAAACAUUUCAAGAAUUAUGUGAAGGCUGUCCUGACAAGAAAGAAUACCAUCACGGGAAUUGAAUAUCGGAAUGACCCCACGAUCUUUGGAUGGGAGCUAAUGAAUGAACCCCGUUGCAUGUCUGAUCCUUCUGGUGAUACUCUUCAAGAUUGGAUAGAAGAAAUGUCAGCUUUUGUGAAAUCAAUCGACAAGAACCAUCUUCUGACUGUUGGUCUUGAAGGAUUCUAUGGUCCCAAAAGUCCCAAGAAAUUAACCAUAAAUCCAGAAGCAUGGGCAUCAACCCUUGGAUCUGACUUUGUCCGCAAUUCCAAGAUCACAAACAUAGAUUUUGCCUCUGUUCAUAUCUAUCCCGAUCACUGGUUUCAUGAUCAAGAAUUUGAAGACAAACUGAAGUACGUCUCCAAGUGGAUGCUAUCUCACAUUGAAGAUGGUGACACGGAGUUGAAAAAGCCUGUGAUGUUCACAGAAUAUGGACUCUCAGAUGAGAACAAGGACUUUGAACUAUCCCAACGAAAUAGGCUUUACCAAACUAUUUUAGACAUCAUAUACAAAUCUGCAAAGAGAAACCGAGCUGGGGCAGGUGCUUUAAUCUGGCAGUUCUUAGUUGAAGGAAUGGAAGAGUACAAUGAUGAAUUUGUGAUUGUACCAUCAAGAAGGCGAUCAAUUUACAAAAUGAUGCUAGAACAAUCAUGCAGGUUGGCUAGAAUCAAGGGUCUGACUGAACAAAGUGAAAACAUGAGAGAACUGUGCUCACACAGAUUGUGAAUCCAACUACUCUUAUGGUCGUAUGCUGGGUUUGCUUCGGUUGUAGUUUGUGAUACGUGCUACUUCACUGGUUAAACUUCACUGAUUUUUCACCAAUUCUUCCCACUUUUAUAUAAAUACAAGAUUCUAUAUAAGUCUAGUUUACACGGUUAAGCAAUGUGCAUUUAUAGGGG